CUGUGUAGUAGGUCACCAUGGAGGAUAGGGGCACUUUCCGGAGUGGCCCCACCCGGGCAGAAAUGCUGCGGAUCAAACGACAGAUUGAGGACAUCAAGAAAAAGUCUCAGCUUGGUGGACGGGAUCUACGCAGUGAUCUAGAGACCAGCGAAAGGAAGAGAAAAGAUAAGGAACUAUUUAUUGGAACAAAGGUUCAAAAUGUUGAGCUUGGAGAUGACUUUGGAAAGAAAGGAAUGCCUUACAACAGGAAAUCUGAACCUCAUUUUGAUGAAGAAUUCUUAUCUAAGCCUGUUCAACCUCAAAAACAAGAUCCAGGCACUGUACCAAAUUACAACCCACUGAACAAGGGCACCGUUCCACCUACAAAGAGUCAGACUAAACGAUACCCAUACAGCAAAGAAGAGACGAUCACUGUAGAAGAGAUGAGGAAGCCUCAUAUUCAGACCGUAGGUGUGUUGCCUGUAAGGAGUACAGGAGAUGUGGCUACCUUGAAUGUCAUGAUGCAGGGCAGACCUGUACUCUCCAUUCAAGACACAGAAAUUGCAGCUAUACAAGAGGAAAAUGCAUUUUUAACUACCACGCCAGCCGCAUCCCGAGCUCAGUCCCGAGCGAGUCCCCACAGAAAGACACCCGACGGUGAUUCCCAGUUUGUGGCUGGUGACUUACCCCUCAAACCGAAGACCCCUCCCAAGAAACCAGCAAUCCUGAGCUCUACGGGGGCCAUUGCUCCGGUACCGUACAAGGAGAGAGUCAAACCUACCCCAAAACCAAGGGUUGAAAACCCACCAAGCCCCGUUCCGCUGAAGAAACGCAGGGCUAAGAAACAGGACAAAGAUUCCUUAUCAAUCCCCAAAUCUGCCAAGUCCAGCAGAUCCUUAAAGAGCGAGAAGAGCAGUCACGCACCUUACCAAGCCAGCGGCAAGGCUAGCAUGGUGUCCUUUCAUUCUGUGCGCUCCUCCCGACAGCGGGACUCUGACGAUGAGAGCCAGUGCAGCAGUGACGACAGCUCCGUGGACGGUCCUUCGCGAAACACCGGACUUUCCCGUCAGACUGGGACAUCCCGCCAGACGGGUACUUCUUACACCAGUGGGAAGUCCAGGACAACCUCCGCAGCCUCGACAGGCUCGCAGAAGUCAUCCAGUGAGCUCCUGCAGGAAGCCCAAGAGAUCGCCAGUAUGGACAAUCUCUUGGGACAAAAGCGGAGGCGGCAGAGUAAAUCAACCCGAAGCCAAGGGAGUGUUGCUACCUCGAUUCAUGUCGAGAAGGCAGAGGAUGAACCUCCACAAGAGAGAUCUGUUGAUGACAUCAUAGCUUCACUCAAGGCCCAGCGAGAACAAGGAUCAGUCAAGUCCGAAGCAGACAUCAAGAUUCAGGAGAUCAUGAACAGGGUGAUGUCCAGGACGGCGGAGGUCCUGGGGUCAAAGAACGAUGGAGUGACAGAAGAUAGGAAACCAGACUUGGAAGAGGAGGAAGAAGAAGAGGAGAUUGCAGGCCAAGAUCAAGAUGUGCCAGAGCUGAACAUAGAAGAAUCAAGUGAGGUGGCCCAGGAUUCCGUGGACACAGAUAGAACCCAGGACACCGACAUGCUUCAGGGUAACGCAAAAACCAGCAGAAGACCAAGUUUCGAUAACAGCAACGGAAAGAAAGGGCGCAGACUGUCAGCGAAGGGUGCUGGGAGUCAACACCCAAGUAAGGUCGAGGUCACAGAUGGAGUGUCGGAGGAGGGCAUGGAUGUAGAAGAGAAACCGUCAGUAUGGUUCCAGGAGGUGAUCCUAGACGAUUAUCAGGAGCAGGAUGAGAUUGACCUGGAGAAGGCUUGGCAGGAGCUGAUCGCACCUUUAGACAUCACCCAUGCUGAUGUCGUCAACGUAGAGGGAGAGAAGAUUGAAAUUCAGGAGAGAGGAGUCUUUGACGUCUCCAACAGGGGUGGUACUCCCACAAAGCCUGUUGUUGGAUCAUCAGUGUCCUUCUUGUCUAUGUGGGCUCCUCAAGAAGAGAGGCAAAAGGACGAAAGAUCAGAGCCCACCAAUGGCAAGCUACGACAGAGCAUCCAUCACUUCUGCAACAUUCCUUCGGACAUGACCUUGACGCGUAACCUUCAGCUGCUCAGCCGCUCCCAUCAUGCACCCAGCAAGUACAAAGCCACCCAGCCGUUGGCUGCCACCGACCUAGCCAGUCAUCCCAACACCCCCACCCUGGAGGAAAGGCAGAAGCUGAUGUCGGCUGCAGCAAGACGCAUCCUUCGAGAGGCUGAAACCAUGGUAACAGCAGAGACUGGUGGGUCGCAAUCGACAGGAAGCGACAAAGGUGGAAAGAAGAAUGACGACGUGAAUAGCUUGGAGACUUGGGAGAAGAGAGCCAUGCAACUAUUUGAUGAAGAAGCCCUGACCAUCGUCGGCCAGCCAGCUCCCAUCCAGCAGGACAUCUCCCGCCUCUACUGGACGCCGGCCCCGCCCAAGAUGAACUUUGAACCCACUCAGAUCAAGGACGUCCUCUACCCUCAGUUUGAAGGUAUGGGAAUAAGCCAGGACAUCGAAAGACUGACCUCGAUACCCGACACGGAAGGUGAUGACGGUGACCUCGAGGCCAUGUCUGCCUGGGAUGAGGCAGAUUAUGAAGAAAGACUCUUGCAAGAUAGGAUUCUCGGACGCAACUUCAAUUCUAGUGAAGACCUGACAGAGCUCGGCAGGGCCAAGUACAACAGGAAACUGAAUGGGAAACCACCACGCUUUCUGCGCCCUUCCUCAGCAGGUGGGAUACCGCUGCCCGGUGAAGGUCUACCGGGCAUGGCCACCCCAGACAGUGAUGGGUUACCCCUUGCAGUGAGGCAGGAACUGUUGGUCAGUGUUCGGGUACCCUCAGCUGCCAGUGAAGCCAAGUUUUCGGACCAGAGCAGCAGAGCAGGUUCUAAGCUCUCGGACAUCCUCCCGCCACCUCAGCAUAAACUCAGGAGGACCAACUCUGCCCCUGAACUUGAGGGUGAUGACUUCCCAUUCCUGGUACCGUCUGACUUCCAUUCAGUGAUGGAGGAUGUGAAGAAACAUAAGCAGUAUCUGGCUGACCUGAGAGACGCCAAGGAGUUCGACGACGAGAACGAGAUCAUGGAGGAGGAAGUGACCAAAGAAGAGCUUGAGAUGUUUACUGGACCUGAUCAAACAUCAACACAGCCGAAGGAAGAAGAAAAGAAACUCAGCGAGGGACCAUCUGUUGCACAGUUAGCCAGAGAUGCCGGCAUGAAAUAUGUCAUCUACCCCACUCGCAAGGGGAAAAAGAAGAAAAAGCAUUGGGAUCCCAGACGCUUGAAACAGAUCGAUAACUUCCUGAGACAAGAACCCAACGUUAUUCCAAGGUCCUUGAGUUUGCCAAAGAUAACAAUGCCAGUUGAUACACUUGUCAGAGUUUCAAAGAGAGUUCGCCAUCCACGCAGGAAAAGUGUACCAGAUGUCAUGGACUUUGAAGGGUUCCUGAGGUCAAACUUUGUAAGGAAACCAAUCAAUGUCCGUGAGUGGGUACGAGACCUCUGGGACGAAUGGUUUGAUGAGGUCUACCCACCGAGCGAAGAAGGCAGUGAGGCGGGGAGUCAGAUAGAGGGCGCUCAACAGUCCGUCACCAGUGCGGCAACACUCGCAAAAGGUGGGAUGUCUGCGUUGAGUACAGCCAUGUCUGUUCAUCUUGAAAACCUGAACAUUACUGCAGAGACGGAGGAAGAAGGGCAGCUCAUGGAGGAGCUAUACACAGAAGCACUUUACAUGACAGAAAAGUUAGAAAGUGAACCUAAACCAUCGCCAUUUGACCUCACUCGACGAGGAAUCAUUUACCGUAAGCUUGGUAAACUUAAGCAAUCCUGGGACGACUUCAACCGGGCCAUUGCCUUGGAGCCUCUUCUCUUGGAUGCCUACUGGAAUCGCCAUCUCCUGUAUCUUCUCAAGGAAAAGCCAACCAAGGCCCUGGAAGACCUCAACACGAUCCUCAAGAUCAACAAGGACCAUGUAGGAGCCUACAGAUCAAGGGCUGAUAUUUUCACAGCUAUGGGUGACCUGACCAUGGCAAUCAUGAACUUCACUCAGACUGUCAAACUGGAUCCACAGGACCAUGAAGCUUUCUUCAAGCGGGCCGAGCUUUAUGAAGCGAGAGGUGAAAUGCUGCUAGCAUUAGAAGAUUACCGAGAAGCAACACGUCUCAUGCCAAACAUGACUAAGGCCAUCAUGAAAAGAGGACUCUACCAGUUUGAUACAAACAAGAAUUGGAUGGCAGCCAUCAAAGAUUUCUCAGAACUGCUGGUGCAGGAGCCUAACAAUGCCCUAGGCCACACCUACAGGGGGCGGGCCUUCGCCAAGCAGGGCAUGUACCCCGAAGCAGUGGCGGACCUCUCGGCAGCGAUACACCUUGAUCCCAACAACAGCGUGGCCUUCUACCAUAGAGGGUGUCUGCUGAGAAAAGCUCAUCCAAAGCAGGCCUUGCAGGACCUUAGCGUGUCCAUCCUCCUUGAUGACGGCUUCAGUAACGUCAUGGCCUUCUUUCAUCGAGGGAUCCUCUAUAUGACCAUGGAUCGGCAUGAAGACGCUAUCACAGACUUUGACAGUGUUCUCAAACUGGACAGGACCAUCGCAGCUGCUCACGUCAACCUUGGUCUCGUCUACAUGACCAAGUUAGAGAACUAUCACAAGGCCAUUCAGAAAUUCACCAAUGCAGUCAAGGUGGACCCAACCUAUGUGAGGGCGUUUGUAUGCAGAGGGGAAGCUUACCAUAAGAUACAUGAGUUGAAGAAUGCCUUGAAAGACUUCACCCGUGCCAUACAUCUCAGACCAGACCAACAGCAUUACUACAUGCUUAGAGGUCAGAUACUGCUCAGGAUGAAGAACUUGGAACUCGCCAGCUUCUGUGUCUUACAUGCUGCAGAACUAGCUCAUGGUUUAGGCUCUUCACCGACCCAACAGGCCGCUGUCCAGAGCUUCUUGCACAACUACGGCAAGGCGAUUGAUGUUCUGUCCAGUUCAGCUAAGGUCAACCCCACAGCACCGCUAUAUAUCCUGUUGGGAAAGACUGAAAUCAAGGCCAAGAAAUAUCAACCAGCCGUUGAGAGCCUUGAGAAAGCCCUUGAGUUGAUGAAACCUUGGCAGGAGAGACAGAGCUGGCCCAUAGAAGCAGCUGAGGUCUACUACCUGAUAGGCAUGUGCCACAUGGAGAUUCCAAACAUCCUCAAGGCGUAUGAAGCAUUCAACAGUGCAAUCAAGAUCAAUCCAGAAUACCCUGAGGCUUACUACCAGAGAGGUCUUACUCGGACCAGACUACACCAAGCCAAGGGGAUCUUGGACUUCAACCGGGCCCUGGCCCUCGACCCCAAGCUGUUCCAGGCCUAUCUGAGUCGAGCGGCUUACUAUGGACAGAGGGGGCGCUAUUCCAAAGGAAUCUACAAUUGUAACCAGGCGAUCCGUCUGCAACCCAACAGUGUCAGAGCCUACCUCUACAGAGGAGCCCUGAAGUACUACAUCAAGGCACACACUCUGGCCGUCAAGGAUCUAUGUCAAGCCAUAGAACUGGAUACCACCUGUUCCUUGGCCUAUUUCAACAGGGCUGUUUGCUACCACACCAUAGGAGAUUACCAGAAGGCUCAGAGGGACUACGGCAUUGUCCUCAUGCUGGGUGAUGAGAACUCACUCAAGGUUUUGAUCAACCGAGGGCUAAUGUACUUUGCUCAGAAGGAUUACAAGAAUGCAAGGGAUGAUUUCUCACAGGCUGUAGAGGUGAGUCCAAGAGAUCCAAAGAUCAGACACACAUUAGGAUUGUGCUGUCACAAGUUGAACCGAUUGGAGGAUGCAGUAGCCAUCUACACCAGUGCGUUGGAAGUAAAUCCCUACUUCAUUGAUGCCUACCUGGGAAGGGGAAACGCCUUCAUGGACUAUGGUCACCCUCAAACGGUCCUUCUGGCCAGGCGAGAUUACGAGCGCGCUAUCCACCUCGAGCCUGGUAGUCUGGUAGCCCGGGUGAACCUGGCAUAUAACAUGCAGAUCAGUGGCUUCUACAAGGUAGCCUGGAACCUAUUCACUGCGUGCCUCAAACUAAAUCCAAACUACCGCCCCGCCCUCGAGGGGCGUGCCAUCGUAUCCCUGCAGAUGAAUGACCCCUACGCUGCCCUCCUCGACAUGAACAGUGCCUUGCGCAUCGGCAAGUCUGCAGAACUCUUCGUCAACAGGGGCGUGGUCAACCAGUUUCUGCAGGAUUACGAGAGUGCGAUGACUGAUUACCGAGCAGCCAUCAAGAAGGAUAAGAGAUACGCCUUGGCAUACUUCAAUGCAGCUAAUCUCUACUUCAGCAACAGGCAGUUUAUGCAGGCAUUACAGUUUUAUGACAAGACCCUGGAACUGAAUGAAACAGACGAGUCUGCUCUCCUGAACAGAGCCAUCACUAAGGUUUUGAUGAGAGAUAGCAAAGGAGCUCUGGAAGAUUUCUUCAAGGCUGUCAAACUCAGUCCACUCUCUGCUCACCUCUACUUCAACAGAGGUAACCUGUACACCUCACUCAAACGAUAUAAACUGGCUGAGAAAGAUUACAGUGAAGCUCUGAAGCUACAACCUGAUGACCCGCUGGUUCACAAGCGAAGAGCCGAGGUCAGAGGUCGACUUGGAAGGAGGAAAGAGGCGAUUCAUGAUUACAAGAGAGCUAUCGAAAUACAGAGCAAGAAGCAUUUAUGAUAGUGAUAUAACUCAACCAAAUACUGCGUGCCUCGACAAAAACUAUACACUUUGGGAAUGGCAGGGAAAUUGGGUUUCUCCAAAAUCACUCACCCAAAUACUGUGUGCCUCGACAAAAGCUAUACACCUUUGAAAUGGCUGGGAAAUUGGGUUUCUCCAAAAGGCAUAGGGUUCACAAAGCUGAGGAUUACAUUCAUUUGAUCUUCGUCAAAAUUGUUUUCUGCUUAGCCUUAUAAACCUUGCUUCCGGUUUCUAAAAAUGACUACCGUACUUUGUUUUCUAGAUUGUAUAUUUCAGUUUACAUUCAAGAUCAGGCUAUACAGAAAAUGUUUAUAUGUAUAUUUUGACAAACGUCCGUAACACUUGGCCUGGUGGACCCUAGACCUCCUAAUGGGUGAUGGACCCUCCACUACUUGUAAUGGCUGACAAAUAAAGACAAAAUGAUAUUAUUAUGGGAGGAACUUAUGUGCAUGAGUAACUCAUCAACAUUCAUAUGACACCAAUACAGAAUAUCCAGACCAUUUUGCCUUUAUAUUCUUUAGGUCAAUGGGUAAUACCAUUAUAAGUGCAAUUGCCAAAAACUAUAAGGCUAAUUCCUGAUUUUCAAUAUUUUCAUAUCCUGUGCAAAAUUCAAGACCUGCAGUAUAGUCCCUAUUCUUCAUACUAAAACCAUUUUCCUAGAGCAGAAAAAUAUAUAAAUUCACCCUAUCAUAGAAAAAGAAUAUUCUAUACAUUAUUUAUGGUGGGGAAAAUGUGUUUAGGGUACUCGGAGAUCAAAGCAAGAAUACUUUUAUUUAGGUUCCCUUUUGAAAAUCCAUGGACAAGCAUAUUGUCCACCUUGUAAUGACAUUGCCCCCCAUGGAUUCUUGCUUUUUCUUAGGGGGAGGGGUGGACUUGCCGUUUAAGAUCCUCUCUUAGAAUCAGAAGUGGAUAAACAUUGAAGUCUGAGGAAAUCAAAAUACAUGUCAAGUGAAACAAUGUCACUGCCAUGCCAUGUGCAGGUACACCCGCUAGUCAUAAGGACUGCUAGAGCCCGUAACACAAAGCUUAACAAUGAUCGUAAGACAUAUUUCUACAAUUGAUUGCAGAGAACACAAUUUACAAUCAAUCGUGAAAAUCAAGCGUACGAUUAAUCGCUAACCUUUGUGUUACAGGACCCAAGUCGUAAUGCCCGUGAGUCAUUACAUGUAAUUUCCUUUACCAGGAGUUUCACUAGUUCAGCGGUAAGAGAGUCGCAAGUCAUAGAUGCAUGAAGGAGGUGUUGCAAGAAAAUAUUUCCAAUCAAUUGCAAAUAUUCUGCUGCAAUUUUACAAUUGGUGUCAAUUUUAACGCCAGCAAAACAGAUUACACUCCUUGUUUCAAGAGGCAAUUGUCGCUAGUUUCUUGCAAUGCCCCAUUAGGUAUAAAGAUAAAUGGUAUUUAUUGAAUUCUUCACAUAUUGCAGUUGACAAAGUGAAAUGCAUGUCAUCACAAUAUUUAAAAAGCACAAAUAUACAUUCCAUUGAUUUCACUUCACAAUACAAUAUCAAAAUGCAUUAAAAAAAUAAUAUAUUGUACAGUGUAUACUAUCAAUUUUAUUUAUGAUACAAUUAAAACUAUAAAAACUA